UGGACCCCUGCCUGUUCUGUUGGACCAGAAAGAUCAGAUACAGUAUCAGAAAAUAGUCCGCUUAGUGGUGCGACAAGCCAGGAAGAUGUUAAAGUUGGUGAUCAGAUGCUAAAUUCUUCUCAUUGCAGUGGUGGAAAGGGUGAUAUAUUGAAACCGGUCAUCAAAUUGCAAAAUUUGACCGGCCAAGAGAAGCUUGAAUGUCUGAAACUGCGGCAGACAAGGAGGCAAACAAGGAGGCAAGAGAGAACUGCAAAGUUGAUCCAAAUGAGUGAAGAAGAUGAAAUUCAGAUGCGACAAACAGCUAUUGAACGCUCGAAUAAUUUCAACAAUACCGUAUGGAUGAUGAGACAUCCAAGCUCCAAAAACGACACUUUGUUGAAAAUCAUGAACAAUCAGAUUGUAAUGGCAAAAGUAUAUGCUAGCAUUGCUCGCUCCAGGGACAUGACUGCGCUUCAUGAUAGCCUAACGAAAUGUAUCAAGGAAAGUCAACAUGUUAUGCUGGGGGCACGUUCUGAUGCUGAAUUACAAGCAGGCGCACGUGAAUAUGCAAAAGCCAUGGGCAAAGCUUUAUCUGUGGCAAAAUACCACCUGUAUGAUUGUGCCGUAGUAACAAGAAAGUUAAAGGCCGUUGUUCAAUCUGCUGAAGAAACUUUAACUGCACAGAUGAAGAAAAACUUUUUCUUGAUGCAAUAUGGCGUGCAGGCAACUCCAAAUCCAUUACACUGCCUUGCUUUACAGCUCACAAACGAUUAUUUCUUACUUAAUGACAGCAGCAAGACGUUAAGAAAUAAGGAAAAACUUGAAGAUCCAUCUCUCUACCACUAUGCAAUAUUUUCUGACAAUGUAGUUGCGACAUCAGUAGCAGUCAACUCUACAGUCACAAAUGCCAAGAAUCCAGAGAAACAUGUGUUUCAUAUUGUCACGGACAUGCUGAACUUUGCUGCGAUGAAGAUGUGGUUCAUCUCUCAUCCUCCGCUUCCUGCGACAGUCCAUGUAGAGAAUUAUGAUGAUUUAAAGUGGCUGAAUUCUUCGUACUGUCCGGUUCUUCGCCAACUUGAAUCAGCCAAUCUCAGAGAGUAUUACUUUGCUGCGAAUCGUCCAUCUACUAUUUCUAUGGGUAAUGACAACCUCAAUUAUAAGAAUCCCAAAUACCUAUCUAUGCUUAAUCAUCUAAGGUUCUACAUGCCAGAACUGUACCCAAAGCUGGAUAAGAUACUUUUUCUUGACGAUGAUGUUGUUGUUCAACAAGAUUUGUCACCGCUAUGGUCUAUAAAGAUGUUUGGGAUGGUGAAUGGAGCAGUAGAGACCUGUACAUUGAAAUCGAAGCGGCUCAGUUCAUAUCUAAACUUCACACAUCCGUUAAUAUCUAAGAACUUCAGUCCCCGCAGUUGUGCAUGGGCAUUUGGGAUGAACCUCUUUGAUCUGAAGGAGUGGAAACAGAAAAACAUCACUGCAAUAUAUCAUUACUGGCAAGAGCAGAACAAAGAUCGAAAGCUUUGGCAGCUCGGGACGAUGCCCGCAGGAUUGACGGCAUUUUACAAUCAGACUUAUCUACUACACAGAAGCUGGCAGCUUCUGGCCUUAGGCUACAAUCCCGGUGUAAAACAUUCGGAGAUCAACAAGGCUGCCGUGCUUCAUUACAAUGGGAAUUACAAGCCCUGGUUGGACCUAGCUAUCACACAAUUCAAGCCGUAUUGGUCCAAGUAUGUUACGCAUAAUAGCCCUUAUUUCCAUAAUUGCAACUUGCACCUAUGAAAUUUGCACUUGCAGAAAACAAGAAUAGCAUUUGACCAAUCAUCACAUCCUUUAGGCCAUAACCAGGCCUAGCACUUCAAUCUGAAAGUUGGUAUAGGGAUCGGUCGACUUAGGUAUCAAAUUAGCAUUUGAAUAACUCGGCAUUCCUGCGUUACUUGUACAUGACAACAGAGAUAUGUCGGAACUCCAAUCUGCUGGAUGCUAUAAUUUCAUAACCCUGCCAUCCUUUAUAUAUACCAUCGAGAAACAGGUUAUAGUUCUUUCAUUCCUUCCUUUCUUUUCUAUGGAAAAAAACGUCAUGACAUUUCUAGCAUAUUCUAGUUGAAGCAUUCUAUUCAUUGAAAUCGAGGAAAGGUAUUGAU